UUAUCUUUUCUUCACAUGUCAGUGCAUAAUUAUCUGUUCAUAGAAAUACUGUCUAAUGAAAGCAGACUGUCUGCUUUGGUGGGGGAUUUACCAUCCAAAACCGACCGGCUCUGUCUGUGUGAAAUAGGGAAUGAACGACGAGACAGCAUCGGAUAGCUGGAAGAGAAACUCCGGGUGCUCCAGUAUUGAGCAAAUGCUGGCUGUGAAUCCCGGAAAGACGCCCAUCAGUCUGCUGCAGGAAUAUGGAACAAGGAUAGGCAAGACCCCAGUGUAUGACCUGCUGAAGGCCGAGGGACAGGCCCACCAGCCCAACUUCACGUUCCGUGUCUCUGUCGGAGAGAUCAGCUGCACCGGCCAAGGGCCCAGUAAAAAGGCAGCCAAGCACAAAGCAGCCGAGGCUGCUCUGAAGAUGCUCAAGGGAGGCCUCGGUGGGCCCGCUGGAGUUGGUGUUGGAGUAGAAGUAUUUAUUGGGGUUGAUGUGUGUACUGAUGGAGACAGCUGCCAGUCAGAGAUGAAGACCUCAGGCACUUCUCAGCAGUCUGAAUGUAACCCUGUAGGGGCUCUGCAGGAAUUGGUGGUGCAGAAAGGAUGGCGUUUGCCAGAGUACACCGUCACCCAGGAGUCUGGUCCAGCACAUCGCAAAGAGUUUACCAUGACCUGCAGAGUCGAGAGAUUUGUAGAAAUCGGAAGUGGUACGUCCAAGAAGCUGGCCAAGAGAAACGCAGCAGCUAAGAUGUUAUCACAUAUACACGAUGUCCCAGUAGACCUGAGGACCAGCAAUGACGCUGACACAGAAGAUGACACAUUCACCAUGCACCUGGGGAGCAGAGCUGAGUCCGGCAAAAGUAAAGGCUUCAGCUGCACAUGGGACUCUCUGCGUAACUCUGCUGGAGAAAAGAUCCUUCAGCUCCGUAGCCACCCUCUGGGUAUGCCCUCUGACUGCAACUUCUGCUCUUUGCUCAGUGACCUGUCUGUCGAGCAGCGCUUUGACGUCAGUUACCUGGAUCUAGAGGAACGCAGUCUAAGCGGUCUGUGCCAGUGUCUGGUGGAGCUGUCCACACAGCCAGUCACAGUGUGCCACGGCUUUGCUACGAGCAUAGAUGCAGCUCGAGCCAGCGCAGCCCACAAUGCACUGCAAUACCUCAAAAUCAUGGCUGGAGGGAAGUGAUAUCAUUUUCCUCCUCACAGACUUGAACUCUCCAUCACACAAUGCCAGGAUAAAUUUCCACCUUGGACAGCAGAGGCACCUUUGUGAUGAGUUCAGACAACAUGAAUUACCUCAUAUUUGGAAACGAGACACUUUUUCUGUCUCCCUGUAAACCCCUGGAGCCUGGUUUCUGGUCACUUUGUUUAGUAAUUGUUGCCCAUGAAGCUUUAGUUGCCCCAAAAUUGCAUAUUUAAAAUUGUAUAAAAUCUAAAGUUUAAAAAAGUCUUUGUAUGGAAUUUUAAAUGGUGUUUCUCCUCGAUGAGUUCCCACAUACCUGAGAGUAACUCCGAUGCAGCCAAAGCAAAUGGUCCAAGGGGUUUUUAGAACUGAGCUAUGGAAUCGUCAGUUAUUGAUGCUUCAUUUAAUGGCUGCUCUAAUGGAAGGAAGGAAGUAAAAAUAGCCAUGCUCCUGAAAUGCGGAGAGAAAGAGACUGCUGAAUAAAGAUCAGAAGAGUAUAAUUAUUUGACCCUUAUACACAUGGUAAAUGGUAAAUGGACUGUAUUUAUAUAGCGCAUUUUUCCACAGUGUGUUGCACUGGCCAACGUGCUUUAC